AUGGCCGAGGGUGGCGUUGUCCUUGAAGGGCCCGGACCUUCGCCCGCGGCCCCCCCUGCUGCGGGACAUGGGGAGGAGCCGGGACAUGGGGAGGAGCCUCCGCGCCCCGCCCCGCCCCCCUACGGUCCCGAUCACAUGCUGAAGGGCGACGCGGGGCCCUGUGGCCAACCUCGCGCUCCGCUGCGACGCCCCUUCAAUGGGCCGACUGACCUGGCCGUGGAGCAACCGCCGUCCCCCCGGAAGAGAAGACCGUACCUUGGGGUGGACACUUCGAUGGACCCCAAAGUCCCCUUUGGGCCAGUACCUGCUGUUGCAAAAGCGUCCCUCGCGACGCCCCAAGGAAAGGGCCCCGAGCGGCUGGCCGGCUGGAGGCAGCGAGGAAUUGAUUCUAUUAAUGUGCUCCAAGAGUCUUCCCGCAGCCCUGCGUCCCUGAAGACAGGGGGGCCCAGGUUCCGCAGUGGGGACGCCGAGAGAGGUGGCGGCAAUGCGAGGUUCCGUGUGCCUUUGCUGCAAGGUCAAGGCCCCUUUCCGCUCAAAGGCCCGCACGCGAGAGGGCCCCCGCGCGGCCCCUCCGGUCGAUGGAAGAGGGCGGAGCAGCCCCCCGAGAACUGGCGGAUGGCCCGCAAGGAAGGGAGGNCUCCUGUCUCUCUCCCACUGGCGGGCCCGCAGCGCCUCGGGGAGAGCUGGCGAAGGCCCGUCACCGCGCCGCCCUGCAGAAUCCCGGCUUUGCUCUCGGCCGCUGCUCUGCCUUCCCAGAUGUUCCGCCCCCCGCCCUCCUCCGCCUUCCCCUGCUGCCAGCUUCCCUGUCCCCGGGCGUGCCCCCUCCUGAGCCCUCCGAAGGAACACGUAAAGAAAGGGUGGGGGGAAAUAAAAAGUUGA